UAAUGAUUAAUGGUGAGGUCAUAGAAGAUAUAAAUGGUCUCACCUACAAUUUAACAACCAAAAAAUUCAACGAAAAUAUAUGUUAAAUGUUAUUCGCAUUUAACAUGAGUUCUGAACCACUCCCUUUCUUUAUUGCCACUUCCAUUAUGCAGGAACUCUCCAUCGCCCCUUUCCCAGUUCUUCUUAGAUGCCUCCUUCUACUACUCUUUAAUCCCCUCUCACACAUGGAAGUUUCUUUGAAGAAAGCUUUGAACUUUGAGCUUUAGGGGCUUUCAUGGUUGCUUUUCUUGUACAUAAUCCCCUGUUAUUCUUUUUUUUCUUCAAAUCCCCUUUUCUACAUCAUGAUUUCCUUCAUGGGCGUUAGACAUCAUCUUUGGAAAGCUGAUCACAAGGGUGUGUGGAAUUAGGGUAUCUAGGAUACAUGGCCAUGAAUGAACUAAAGAGAUUGUUACUGUUGUUGGUUUUCUUUAACAGAUGUUUCAUCGAGGCACAAACCUCCCAAGCUCAGGGAUCGAAUAAGCCUAUGAAAACUAGUGUUCAAUCAAGACCAUAUGUUGUAAACAUCGGGUCGAUUUUGACUUUCGAUUCGAUGAUAGGUAAAGUAGCAAAAACUGCACUAAAAGUUGCAGUAGAAGAUGUGAAUUCUGAUCCAAUGGUUCUUAAUGGAACGAAGCUGAAACUAACCAUUCAUGAUUCCAAUUUCAGUGGCUUUUUGAGUAUUAUGGAGGCGUUACAAUUCAUGGAAAACGAAAGCGUCGCAUUAAUAGGUCCUGAAUCUUCGGUCUUAGCUCAUAUGAUCUCCCAUGUCGUCUCCGAGCUUCAAGUCCCUCUACUGUCCUUCACAGCCACCGACCCGACAUUAUCUUCGCUCGAAUACCCGUUCUUUAUCCGAACAACGAACAGUGAUCUUUUCCAAAUGGCUGCCAUAGCAGACAUAAUCGAAUACUACGAAUGGCGUCAAAUCGUUGUUAUUUAUAUCGAUGAUGAUCAUGGGAGAAAUGGAAUAACUUCAUUAGCCGAUCAAUUAGCAGGUAAGCGGUGUAAAAUCUCCUACAAAUCCCCCAUUAAACCCAACGCGACCCGUGAAGAAAUACAAAAUGUUUUGCUUCAAAUCGCGUUUAUUGAAUCGAGGGUUCUUGUGGUUCACACUUACGCCGAUUCUGGAUUAGAUAUACUCGAAAUCGCUCACAAUUUAGGGAUGAUUGGUAGCGGCUACGUUUGGAUUGCAACCGAUUGGGUUUCCACCGCCAUUGACGUAAGCUCGCCGUUACCGGAGAAAUCGAUUGCAGCAAUCCAAGGAGUUAUUACAUUACGAUCGUAUAUAAAAGACUCCGAACUUAAAAGGAACUUCGUUUCCAAAUGGAGAAACUCGACAAAAUUGGGUUUGAGUACGUAUUCUUUGUACGCAUACGACACUAUUUGGCUUAUUGCUCGUGCCCUCGAAGCUUUCUUCGAUAAUGGCGGAAACGUUUCGUUCUCGAAAUAUCCCAAUAUGGGCAGAUUCCUGAAUCUUGAUUCUUUGAGUAUCUUUAAUGGAGGCAAAAUGUUGCUUGAAAACAUUUUACACCUCAAAAUGAACGGAACAACAGGACCCAUCGAGUUCACCUCCGAUAAAAACCUCGUUUUUCCGGCAUUCGAAGUUAUCAACGUGAUCGGAACUGGAUUCCGGAGAGUAGGGUAUUGGUCGAACUCUUCACGCCUGUCGAUUUCUCCCCCAGAAACAGUCACCCAAUCGAGUUCAUCUAAGCGAUUGGAUAACGUAAUUUGGCCAGGUGAAACCCUAAAAAAGCCUCGCGGAUGGGUUUUCCCACAGAAUGGGAAGCAAUUGAAAAUCGGAGUUCCAAAUCGGGUUAGUUUUGAAGAGUUUGUGGAACAAGUAAACGGGAGCGAUUCAUAUCAAGGCUAUUGCAUCGAUGUAUUUACUUCUGCGAUAAAUUUGCUCCCUUAUCCUGUUCCAUAUAAAUUCUAUUCGUAUGGAGAUGGUCACAAGAACCCUAAAAAUACUGAUCUCGUGAGCUCGAUAAAAGAUGGUGUGUACGAUGCUGCUGUGGGUGACAUUGCGAUCAUCACCAACCACACUCGCAUGGCGGAUUUCACGCAGCCAUUUAUCGAGUCUGGGCUUGUCGUUGUGACACCUGUCAGAAGGCUAAACUCGGGAACUUGGGCUUUUCUCAAACCAUUUUCUACUAAAUUGUGGUGUAUUACCGGGAUAUUUUUUCUAGUUGUGGGAAUAGUUAUUUGGAUUUUAGAACAUCGUAAAAAUGACGAAUUUCGUGGUACUCCUAAGCAACAGGUCGUCACCACCUUAUGGUUUAGCUUUUCGACGUUAUUUUUCUCCCAUAAACAAAACAUGAUGAGCACACUUGCGCGCAUCGUAUUACUCCUAUGGUUAUUCGUGGUUCUAAUAAUAAGCUCGAGUUAUACUGCAAAUCUCACUUCAAUCUUGACCGUUCAAAAACUUUCUUCACCUAUCGAAGGGAUUGAUAGUUUGAUAAAAAGCAAAGAUCCAAUUGGGUAUCAACAAAGUUCUUUUGUAAGAAACUAUUUGGUCGAAGAACUUGGGAUUUUGGAAAGUAGACUUGUUCCUCUUAACUUGCCUCAAGACUAUGAAAAAGCCCUAAAAGAUGGUCCUGACAAUGGUGGUGUUGUUGCAGUUGUUGAUGAACGUCCGUAUAUUGAACUUUUCCUUUCUACCCGUUGUCAAUUCAGUAUUGUUGGUCAAGAAUUCACCAAAAAUGGAUGGGGAUUUGCCUUCCCACGGGAUUCUGAUCUUGCAGUAGAUAUAUCAACAGCGAUCCUUAAACUAUCAGAAAAUGGAGAGUUACAAAGGAUCCAUGACAAAUGGCUAUUGAGAAGUGCUUGUAGUUCACAAGGGUCAAAGUAUUCAGUUGACCAGCUUGAAGUAAAGAGCUUCAAAGGCCUAUUCUUCAUUAUUGGAUUAGCUUGUUUACUUGCACUUUUUAUAUACUUUGUACUCAUCAUACACCAAUACAUUAAACACAAACCCGGCCCGUCCGAGUCAACCGGGCGUAGCCUCCGAUCGGGACGCCUUCAAACUUUCAUUUCAUUUGUUGAUGAAAAGGAAGAGUCGGUCAAAGCCAGGUCAAUGAAAAGAGUUAAAGAGGCGAGUUCAUGUAGGAGGAAUGGUGAUGAUGUGGCAGUGAAUGGAUAUUGAAAUACACCGAAGGAAUCGUGUUUGGAUACACCGGAAUACUUGUAUUUAUGCCAUGUCAGCAUGGAAGUUGUACAUAUGAUCGAAGUUAGUUAGGAGUUGGGCAUGUUAAUGGUAGUUGUACAUAUUUUACUACUAUAGAGAUUACAAGGUGUUGUAUAUGAGGAUUAUAGAACCUCACAAUUGUAAAGUGAAUGUAAAAUAACAUGGAAAGAGCAUAUAUAUAAUAUAUUUAUUAUAA